AUGCUAUCCUUUAUUUUCAGCGUCAAAGAACAGCGCGUGUCUCCUGAGAAAAAGCACUGGAUUGAGCAGGAGUUUCUUCAACCUCAACCAGGAGAAAAACGGAAGGAGGAGGAGCAAAAGAAAGUCGAGGAGAAGUUCCCUCCAUUCAUGGACACUCAGAAAGCGAGUACGGAGCCACCGAGGCCUGGAAAAAUCGAAGGUUUCGGCGAGGGAAUUCCUGCGCAACCACCUUCGGACGGUGUUGUUCGGAAGCCGAAGCGCAAAGAAGAGCAACCACCUUCGGAUGGUGUUGUUCGGAAGCCGAAGGGCAAAGAAGAGAAAGAGUCACCAAUUAAAAUGGCUCUGCCGCCAGAACCUAAGGAGACAACCCCCACCAAAGUUCCUCAUUCACCUGCUCGGAAAGAACCAGAGAAGAUGCCGACACCUCCAGCUCCUCCCCCACCAAAGGAGGAAGAGAAAUCGUCUCAUGGAAGGCGAGCACCACGUAAACCAAGACACGAAGAGGUGGCGGAGAUCAGAAAGCCACCUGAGAAAGAACGUCGGAAAAUCAAGCCUGAAGAACCCGCUGAGUUCAAGAAAGAAGUCCUUCCACCAGAACAAUUACCAACUCCUCCCCAACCAUUGGAAGUGCGUAAAGUAUUACCACCCCUUCCACAACCUGUGGAAGUGCAUAAGGAGUUACCAACUCCUCCACAACCAGUGGAAGUGCGUAAAGAAUUACCACCCCCUCCACAACCUGUGGAAUUGCAUAAGGAGUUACCAACUCCUCCACAACCAGUGGAAAUGCGUAAGGAAUUACUACCGCCUCCACAACCAUUGGAAGUGCGUAAGGAGUUUGAGAAGAUCGAGGUUUAUUCGGCACCACAAGUUGAGAAGGUACGCCCGAUUGAACCAGAAAGGGCCCCUACUGUGCUUCCUCCUUCGCCUCCAAGACCACUCAGAAGAAGUCUUGAGGAGAUACAGGUGCCACCGCCAAAGCCGAGAUCUAAGAAAAUGUCACCACCACAAGAGCCUUCGGCAAUGCCGAUACCAGUGCAGUCAAUUCCAGUCGAGCUUCGUACAGCCAGAGAAUAUGAACAACCACCUGCGGAGCCUGGGCCACAGCCGGGUGAACGACUUCGGGUCAAUAUUGACGAAAUAUUACGUCUCGGUGCCAUAAUGGAGCGGCGACACAUGAGCUCUACUAAAAAGGUACUUUGA